UCUGCCUCCCUCAUCUCUCUUCAUAUAUGGAGGAGACCAGGCCAUAGCCAAUUCAAUGCUCUUCCAAUGAACAAAAAGAAUAUAUUUAUGUGCAUAUGUAUAUAUUCCCUAUUAUAUAUACGUACACAUUCUCACACUGACAGAUCGCCAUCUCUCUCUCUCUCUCUCUAUUUGGUGUUUGCUUUGUUGUUGAAUGAAUGCUGAUUAAGUCCCGAAGGCUUCGCUCCUCCCCGCCUCCGGUAAUUGCUCCAUCCAACGACGAGAUUCGAACCCAAAAAACCUCAUUCUCCACAAGUGGAUAAGACCCUCCUAAUCCACUCCUCAAUUGUCGGACACUUCAGGAGUUGUUCGGGAGUCACGUAUUCUAGUACAGAUAUAGUCCAAGCACGCUUGAACUUGUGAGAAUCGAUGACGAUGGACUAUCAGAGGGAGAGAGAAGGGAAAGCGGCCCAUGAUCCAAGGCGCGGCCUGACGAGAUGCGUGUACGUCCCCGGGCCGGUGAUCGUGGGGGCGGGGCCGUCGGGCCUAGCCGCGGCGGCGUGUUUGAAGAAGAAGGGCGUUAUGAGCGUCGUCCUAGAGAGAUCCAACUGCAUAGCUUCGCUGUGGCAGAACAAGACUUACGAUCGAUUGAGGCUUCACUUGCCGAAGGAAUUCUGCGAGCUACCUCUCAUGCCUUUCCCGGAGAAUUUUCCGACGUACCCCACGAAGCAACAGUUCAUCGAAUACUUGGAAUCGUACGCCAGAAGGUUUGAAAUCCUGCCGAUGUUCGACCAGACGGUGGAGAGGGCGGAGUUUGAUCGGAGCCUGGGUUUUUGGCGCGUGAGGAGUGUGGGGUUGAAGAAGGAGGCGACGGAGUACGUGUGCCGGUGGCUGGUGGUGGCCACCGGCGAGAAUGCUGAGAAGGUGGAGCCGGAGAUUGAGGGGAAGGCGGAGUUUUGUGGCAAAAUAGUGCACACGAGCUCGUAUAAAAGUGGGGGGGAAUUUGGAGGGAAGAGGGUUUUGGUGGUUGGGUGUGGGAAUUCCGGCAUGGAGGUGUGUUUGGAUCUUUGCAACCAUAAUGCUAUCCCUUACCUUGUUGUCAGAGAUUCAGUUCACAUCCUACCACAAGAGAUGCUAGGAAGAUCAACUUUCGGGCUGUCCACGUGGUUGCUAAAGUGGCUGCCCAUGCGCCUUGUUGAUGUCUUUCUCUUGAUUGUUUCUCGGCUGAUGCUCGGCGACACCUCCAGAUUAGGGCUCAAUCGCCCUAAGUUGGGACCCCUCCAGCUAAAGACCCUGUCCGGAAAGACACCCGUCUUGGACAUUGGCACCCUUGACAAGAUCAAAAGUGGAGACAUCAAGGUACGGCCGGCUAUUCGGCGAUUAAGCUGUCACACCGUGGAGUUCAUCAAUGGAAGAAAGGAGAAUUUUGAUGCAAUCAUCUUAGCAACUGGUUACAAAAGCAAUGUACCCUCCUGGCUAAAGGACGACGAUAUGUUCUCACAAGAAGAUGGGUUUCCGAGAAGGCCAUUUCCAAACGGGUGGAAAGGCGAGUCGGGACUAUACGCGGUAGGGUUCACAAAACGCGGCUUGCUUGGCACCUCCAUGGAUGCCAAGAGACUUGCAGAAGAUAUCGAGAGGUGCUGGAGAGCCGAGGCCAAGCACCUCACAGCCUUUGCAUGCUCGAUUUCGCCACAAUCAUGAUGAUCCCUCCCCCGACCCUGCUGGGUCGCGUCGACACCCUUUCGUAAUUUUGACAGAUAUAGGUUUACUUUGAAGAUUUUACAGGUAAAUAUGAUUGGAGAGAGCUUUGAAUGGUUCCAUUGGCACAAUUUGGGUACCAAGAAGCUGCCCCUCCAAUUGAGGAAAAAGAAGAAAUUGAGAACCAAAAAGAAGGAUGGUGUUUUGGUUUUUCUACCUCCAUUUCUUUCUCUUUCUUUCCCCCUUUUUUUUUUUUUUCUUCUCUAAAUUUUGUGGGGGACCUCAACUAUCCAGUACUAAUGAUCUGUACAUCUUGUACAUUGCAAUUUUUCUCUAAUUAUUAGGCAUGACUUUAGAGAGAGAGAGAGGAGGGAAAUCAAGUUGUGGGGGCAUUGGUAUUUGGCUGGCAAAUUGACAUGAUUGUGUGAUUAACCAACAUUUUACAAAGGAGAGGGGUUUGGGGUUGAGUGAGAGUUUGACAAUUUGAUGUGUUACAGUAUUUAUUUUGUAUGGUUGAUGAUUCUCCAUUUGGGAUUCAUUAGGUUUGGGGGCUUAAUAAUUUGUAUGGAGAGGAACCUUUACAUCAUGACUUGAUGAUCCAAUUAAAAUUUUGAUAGUGAAGCUCUUUUGCCUGCUAUUGCUACCAAACUUUUCUAUAUGAUUU